GGAUUUUGGGCCUUAUAUACGGAUUUGGGCCGUAGAUAAUAACAUUUUUUCUUGUAGUGUCACUACCUGCAGUCGUUCGGUAGCCACACUGCCUGCAACCGUUCGAUAGUCUUCAGUACUUUGAAACCGUUUGGUAGACAUCAGUAUACUGCAGCCGCUCGGUAAUCUUCAGCUCUCUAUAGUCGUUCGGUAAGAUACUAUUGUUCACUAUUCGGUAACAACAUAAGAAGAUAUCUGUGAAGAUCUCAUCACCCUCCCUCAAGCUGAACAUGGAUAUUAUGCAUGUUUAUCUUGGAAGUAAUAGUAUUAAAGGGAGAAGGGUAGAGAGACUUGGUGAAAACAUCUGCAAGUUGACUGGUAGAAGAUACGAGAAGAAGCUUGAUAAGACUGUCUUGAAGCUUUUGUUUGUUCACAAGUUAGAGAGGCUAAGGAUCUAUAUUCAGCCAGAAGAUUUAGAAACAAUGGUUUGUUUCUUUGACUUCCAAGAAAUAAGAGCAGUUCCAAGAAAAACACAAAAGCCAGAGAUGGAUCUUCUAGUGGUAGCACAAGUGGCCCAAUCAGAAUCAGAGUAUGCAUGAAUGCGGAAGGAAGGAAUCUUUAAAUAUCUCAUGAUCCUCAUGGCUUGUUGCAUAUGGGGUUGACGAGGAGUAGAAACAAACUGGCUAAGUUGUUGGAUGACAAAGGCAAUGUCAAGCCGCGUAUGAGUGAGAUAGAGUAAUCAUCCGAUAAGGCGCUGGUAGGAAGAAGGAUCUGUGAGAGUGAUUCCUUCAUUAGCAUGAAGUUUAACGAAAGGAUCGGCAGGUGUGGGAGCAUGUUUACGGCCUAACAUACCAGCUUCAGAAAUCAAUUCAAGACAAUAAUUUCUCUUAUUUAUACAUAAUCCAUCUUGAGAUCUAGCAAUUUUGAAUCCCAAAAAGUAUUUGAGAUCGCUAAGAUUUUUAAUGUGAAACUUGCUGUGGAGGUGAUCUUUGACAGAGUGAUUUCAGACAGGUUAUUUCUAGAUAAAAGUAUAUCAUAAACAUACACCAAAAUAAUGGUGAUAGUGGAGUGUUAAGACUCCGACAAGUGUACCGAAUCG